GUUAAACAUCCGAUUCUCUUGUCCCCUCCUAAAACCCUUUCCUUCCUCCCUCUUCAUCACAGACACAGAGCCACCACCCAAACUGCCCAGAUGAACUUGAAAUGAAUCAAAACUCUUAGAAAAAAUCAUUUAAUUCUUCAAGAAAAACACCAUCCCUUAGCCGUAACGAUGAUCAAAACGCCGAUUUCGGCGAAACCCAUUUUGCAUUUCUCAAUUUUUUCGGCGAAGAACUCAUCAUCAUCAAACCCUGCAGGGAAGUUCUUCCUUUUCCAAAUCUCCAAUUUCGCAACCAGCGCCGGUGGUGGUAACUCUUCGGCGACGACUUACCCUUCACGGCGGCACGAAGAGGAGAGCCGAAGUGUGAGGGUAUCUGUAUGGUGGGAUUUUGAGAACUGCAAUGUGCCUACUGGUGUUAAUGUGUUUAGAGUUGCACAAAGCAUCACCGCUGCCGUCAGGGCUAAUGGUAUUAAAGGCCCUAUUCAGAUCACUGCUUUUGGAGACAUAAUGCAGAUGUCUAGACAAAAGCAAGAGGCCCUUUCGGCCACAGGGAUUAACCUUAAUCACAUUCCAAAUGGUGGAAAGAACAGUGCAGAUAGGUCUCUUCUUGUUGAUCUCAUGUAUUGGGUUUCUCAAAAUCCUCCACCUGCACAUCUUUUCUUGAUCUCUGGUGACAGAGAUUUUGCUGGAAUUUUACAUCGCCUUAGAAUGAACAAUUAUAAUAUAUUACUUGCUAGCACACACAAUGCUCCCGGUGUCCUGUGCAGUGCUGCAAGCAUCAUGUGGCAGUGGAGUUCUUUACUCAAAGGGGAGAACCUAUCUGGAAAGCAUUUUAACCAACCUCCUGAUGGUCCAUAUGGCUCAUGGUAUGGCCACUAUAAGGCACCACUUGAGGAUCCCUUUGCAGAUCUGGAGAAGCCAGCUUGUCCCCAGGCUUCAGUUCAGUCUGCAUGUCUUAAGGCUUCUACUCCAGAACCAUCAACAUGUCCCAUGUCUGAGUAUGUGCCUGAUUCUGUUUCGGAGGGUAAGGGUCAAUCAAUUCCCAAGGAGGUUGUAAAGCUAGUCCGUCACAUUUUGCAUCAAUAUCCUAAAGGACUUGCCAUUACCGAUCUUCGGGCAGAAUUAUCGAGUAAUUUUACUAUAGACAAAGAAUAUUAUGGGCAUAAAAAGUUUUCUAAGUUUCUUUUGGCAAUGCCAAACAUUUUAAAGCUUCAGUCUGGAAAUGAUGGCCAGUUCUUUGUACGUGGUGUAACCCCCAAAAUCCCCGAAAAAAUGGAACUAAAUCAAGGAUCAGGGGUAAGUAAAGGUCCUACACUCAAUAGUGAAGUAGAUUCUGAUGUAGCAGCAAAAUCAAAUGAUGGAAGAGGCUUUUAUGGUGAUCAGUCAGAUGCAAAAUCAUCUGUGUCUCCACAUACUGGAAGACUGCUGACAGAUACUGGAAAACUGGAGGACCCCUCAACUACUAUUCAGAUGCCAACAGAAACAUCUCCGAAGCUAAAAGUAGAAAGUCCAACAUCGGAUUUGCAGCAGCCAAGAACGGAACCUGAUGGAGUUACUGGAGAAAUGAAAGAACCACCAGUAGUUCAGGUAGGUAAUGCUAAAGCUACUGAAACUGAGUUGUCAGAAAUACUGCCAAGUCCUGUGUCUGAAGUGGGCUUUUUCAAAAAUAUAUGGAAGAAAUGGUUUGGGAAAAAAAACAGUGGUCUAGAGGGGAAGAUGUUGAAAGAGACCAAUGGAGAAGUUAAAGAUGUCAAACCCUUGACGGAAUCCGGGGUAUCACUGGGAGAAGAUUCAUCCUCAUGUGACAGUGAUGUAGGAAUUCAGGCCCAUGAGGAUGUUACCUCUACAACCUCUCAAGCAACUCCAGAGAAGUCGAAAACCCGAGGGUCUGGUUCUGUUCUUCAAUCUCUCAAAACAAUGUUGUGGGGGAGUUCAGUGCAGCCUUAUGAUUCUGGGGUAUUCGAUGGAGAAACAAAUGAAGUUGAAUUUGUUUCUGAUAAAAGUAACAUUUUUGGGGAGGAGAGCUUUUGGGUUGCAUUAAAGACAUAUUUAGGUACUCAUGAAGCUUCAGCCAUAAUUAAGCUGUCAAGGACAAGGAGGCAGUUACUGCAAGAUCUUAAAACACAAGGUCCCCCAGUUCUCACAUCUCUUAGUGAAGCUGAUCUUAUUCACCUUGCUGAGCUGAUGAUCUUAGAUAAGAAGUGGAUAAUUGAAUCUCCUGAAAAAAGCUACCCUUUCAAACUAGUCCUCUCUGAUGAGAAAGUUUCAUCAUCUCAAUCUAGAGAUGUCUCUCGUCAUUCCAAUGGGCUAAGUUCUAUCUUCUCAAAUGCACAACAAGCAUCCUCAUCUCCGAGACUCAGGGCAAUAGUUGGGGAGAAAAGACAUGCUCCUGAUAGUGAAGUAUCCAAACCUGCCAUUGCAGAAGUCCCCACUCGCAAGCCCAGGAGUGAAAUAAUGUCGGACUGUCAGAAGCUUGUAGACGAGAUUGUGAAGAAAUAUCCGGAAGGAUUUGACAUGGGAUCCUUUAGAAAAGCAUUUAGUGAAAGAUUUGGUUACAAACUUGACAUCCAAAGGCUUGGUUACUCUAAAUUAUCAACCCUUCUCCAGAUUAUGCCUGGGGUGAGGGUAGAGUCUAGUUUCAUUCUGCCUGCUGGUAAUGUUGCCAAACUUAACUCUGGGGGGCCAUUGGGUCAGGAAAUUGAUGAUGAACGUACAGAACUAUCUGAAGCAUUUCUGAAGGAAAAUGAUAAUUUUGAUUCUCCGUGGGAAGAACUUGGUCCAGUUGAUAAUUCGAUUUCAGAAAGAAAUGGAAGAAAGAGACCAGCAUUGAAUAGCAGCAUCAGAAAUGAAACAGGCCAAAAGCUUGAUCAUGGAUAUGAAAGUGUAUCUGAUGAAUACUUAACUGAUUCAGAAGAAGAGACACCACUCACUCCGAAACCAGAAAGCCCAAACAAGAUUGGUGGCAACGAGGGGGAGAGUUCGCUGUUGCAGAUUCUUGAUUCAUGGUAUGGUACCAAGGAAGAUAAAACUAAGAUGGAUGCGCAUGCUGUUUUUUCUAGGAAUGGUUCACGCGUUUUGAAUCCAACACGAUCCAAUACUAACAGUGAAACUCCAGUGAUUAACAAUCCACGGAAGCAGAGAUCCGUGAAGAAUUACUCAUUUGUCAAGGACCAAGCGUCAGCAAACAAUGAGAAGUUGAUUGAUGGUAUUUUGAGUGGCUUGAAUAAGUCCAGUGAGGGAUCAGCUGAGACGAAAAUAUAGGAUUAUAGGAGGAUUCUACAGGACAUCUAAUCGGAUUGAGAGGAUCAGGUUCGAACUGCUUGUACCCUCUCAACGAAUUUCUACUGUUAUGUUAUAUCCCGAUCCCUACUUGCACCGAGAAUAAAAAUGACUACUUGCAUGUCAAGUUUUCUGACAUAAGUAGUCCUACCAACUUGGAGCCUUACUCUGCACAAUUAGGGAUACUCGGCUAGGGUAUAAUGGCCAAAAUCCGAGAAACUAUGGAGUCAUGCAUUCCCUUUAAUAGUUAUUCUAAAUUGCUAAUUACUCAUAUUAUUCCUUUUCCUGAUUACAUAACUUUAAGUAAUUAGCUUAAAUUAGUAUGAUAAUUUUUCAACCCUUCAAGUGGAAAAGCUUAUAUAUUCGUUUGUGUAAGUCCAAAAUGCUUGUUUGAGCCACUAUUAUAGGGGUUUGAGCCACUGAAGCGUACGAGGUUCAUGUUCGACUAAGGCUAUAUUUGGAUGGUUUUUUGAGUGUGUUUUUUUUAUUAGGAAUGUAAAAAAAGUAUAUUGAAAAUGUAAAAAGGUGUAUUGAGAAUGUAAAAAAUUAUGCCAAG